AUGAGGAAAGAAUGGAAUGUAUGGCAUAAGUUGUUUUCAAGUGAAACCGGCUUAGGAUGGGACAGUGACAAGAAUACUAUUGAUGCUCCAGAUGAGUGGGAAUUAACCUUGAUAUUCAAGGAUGUCCUGGCAACUGGGGAGACACUUUUUGUACCAUCUGUUACCCAGACCCAAAUAGAGUAUGAUGAUGAUGAGGAUGUGUACCGCCCUACUAUUGACCUUCGAGAAGGCUCUGGUAAAAGUGAAGAGGAGCUAAAUUUAUCUGACACUGUAGCAUCUACGGGGGUCACCGAUAAGUUGUUGGCCUUGAAUGUCACUACAAAUACUGGUAGAACUAGUGGUGACGAAAGUCAAGGCAAGAUAAAGAGGGUGGUAGGUGUUGGGGGAAGGAAAAAGCAAAAAGUCCCUACCUCAAUGAAAAUAGCAGAUGCUAUGAGUGAAAUGGCCAAGGAUAAUAGAGCUAGAACAGAGACAGUGAACAAGAUUUUGGCAAAUGACAUAGGAGUUUUUGAGGUUGUGGCUCACCUAAAUGGACUUCCAGAAGUUUUUGGUGAUAAAGAUUUACAUUGGAGAUGUGUCAAUCGUGUUCUAUACAAGCCUAUACGAGAUGCUUACUGGAAACUUAAAGACCAUCCUGAUCACUUGGUCAAUUGGUUGAAGCAUCAAGUCUACCAUCUACCGAAUUUUAUUUCAAAGAAUGCAUCAGGAUGA